GGUGUGCUUUUGUGUCUCUGUUAUGUAGAUCCAAGGAUUGGAAUGGAUGGUGUCUUUGUACAACAAUAAUCUCAACGGCAUCCUGGCUGAUGAGAUGGGCCUUGGCAAAACCAUUCAAACAAUCGCUCUCAUCACCUACUUAAUGGAGUACAAGAGACUCAACGGUCCCUAUCUCAUCAUUGUUCCCCUCUCGACUAUGUCUAAUUGGGUAUAUGAGCUUGACAAGUGGGCACCCUCUGUGGUUAAAAUUGCUUACAAGGGUACUCCUGCUCUACGUCGUGGGCUUGUCCCUCAGCUGCGCAGUGGGAAGUUCAAUGUUUUACUCACCACCUAUGAAUACAUCAUCAAGGAUAAGCACAUACUGGCCAAGAUUCGUUGGAAGUAUAUGAUUGUGGAUGAGGGUCACCGGAUGAAAAAUCACCAUUGUAAGCUGACCCAGGUGUUGAACACUCACUAUGUCGCCCCCCGCCGUCUCCUGCUGACUGGUACGCCGCUGCAGAACAAGCUACCUGAGUUGUGGGCCCUGCUCAAUUUCCUCCUACCCACUAUCUUCAAGAGUUGUAGCACCUUUGAGCAGUGGUUCAAUGCUCCAUUUGCCAUGACGGGAGAGCGUGUUGACCUAAAUGAGGAGGAGACCAUCCUGAUUAUUCGACGUUUGCACAAGGUGCUCCGGCCCUUCCUGCUCCGCAGACUAAAAAAAGAGGUGGAGUCUCAGCUUCCUGAGAAGGUGGAGUAUGUCAUAAAAUGUGACAUGUCUGCUAUUCAGAAGGUUCUUUACCGCCACAUGCAGAAAGGCAUCCUCCUUACCGACGGCUCUGAAAAAGACAAGAAGGGAAAAGGAGGUGCAAAGACGUUGAUGAAUACAAUCAUGCAGUUGAAGAAAAUCUGCAACCAUCCAUACAUGUUCCAGCACAUCGAGGUAAUAAGUCUUUGGUCAAACCUUACCAACAGUCUAAAAUGUUUAU